GGGACCCUGUGGGUCGGUGCAGGGGUGCGUUGAGGGCGGGGGGCGCUGGUGACUACUGCUGGGUGCCUGCAGGGCAGUACCCUAUUGCCCCCCGCCCAGAGAAAGAGUGCUUUAAAAGGGGUUCGCUUGAGGAGGGCUUUUCUUUUCUUUUCUUUUCUGUAUAUUUAAAUUGCCGUAUCCCUGCUGAGCUCCGGGCAUCUCGUGUACGCCAGCGUGCACUUCUGUAAAGUCAAGGCAGUGGGCCCCGAAGGCUGCUCCCCCCCGCACUGCAGGAGCCACAGUGCGGUUCACCAUGGUUGCGACCAGCAGCUUAAGCAGUAAAAAUUCGUCCAGCGUUUCAGAGUUGAUAGACCGUGGCUUUCCGCCUGGAAGUCUAAGUGAUUUUGACUACUGGGAUUAUGUUGUGCCGGAACCCAACCUCAAUGAGGUGGUAUUUGAAGAGACGACUUGCCAGAGCCUGGCUAAAAUGCUGGAGAAUUCCCUGUCCAAAUCCAAGCAGACCAAACUUGGCUGCUCCAAGGUUCUCGUCCCUGAGAAACUGACCAAGAGAAUAGCUCAAGAUGUAUUGCGCCUGUCUUCUUCUGAGCCCUGUGGUCUUCGAGGUUGCAUUAUCCAUGUAAACUUGGAAAUUGAAAAUGUAUGUAAGAAGCUUGAUAAGAUUGUGUGUGAUGCUAGUGUGGUACCUACCUUUGAGCUUACACUAGUGUUUAAGCAGGACAACUGUUCGUGGUCUAGUUUCAGGGACUUUUUCUUCAGUAAAGCUCGUUUCACAUCUGGUUUUAGGAGAACUCUGAUUCUCAGCCCAGGAUUUAGGCUUGUUAAAAGGAAACUUUACUCACUGAUUGGAACAGUCAUUGAAGAGUGCUAGAAAAAUUUCGCUUGCUGACUUAUAAUAGAUUGUGCCACUGUUUGGUUUGAUGUCCCUUGUAGCUUGACUGGCCUCAUCAAGAAACCCCAAAUUUAGCCCA